AAAAAUAAAAAUACAAUAACUGUUUACCAGCCAACAGUUAAGCUUCCAAAUCAAGACGGAACAAUUUCUUCUGUGAAUCACUUCUUCCAUCAAUGGCGUUUCCUCUCCAUUACGGUUCUUGCCCUGUGGUCAAGAAUAUACUUCUUUUGGAUUCGGAAGGAAAGCGUGUAGCUAUUAAGUACUACUGCGAUGACUGGCCGACAAACAGUGCCAAGCAUGCUUUUGAGAAGGCUAUUUUUACCAAGACUCAAAAGACAAAUGCUCGCACUGAAGCUGAGAUAGCAAUGUUUGAUAAUAACAUUGUUGUCUAUAAGUUUGUGCAAGACCUUCACUUCUUUGUAACGGGAGGUGAUGAUGAAAGUGAACUAAUUUUAGCCACUGUUCUCCAGGGCUUCUUUGAUGCAGUUACCCUUCUCCUCAGGAGUAAUGUUGAGCAGAGAGAGGCUCUUGAGAACUUAGAUUUGGUUCUUCUGUGCCUAGAUGAGAUUGUGGAUGGAGGGUAAGCGAUUC